AUGUUAAGAAAGGGGAUGCAAAAAUAUCCUAAAGGAACUUCUCGGAGGUGGGAAGUGAUUUCUGAGUACAUUGGUACUGGAAGGUCAGUUGAAGAGAUUCUGAAGGCUACAAAAACUGUUCUUCUUCAGAAGCCUGACUUCGCCAAAGCUUUUGAUUCCUUCCUUGAGAAAAGAAAGCUAGCACAAUCAAUUGCAUCUCCUCUUACAGCUAGAGAGGACUUUCCUGGGAUAUCAAACGGCAAUGUGCCCGAGAGGAAUGCUUCUGAUCCAAAUAAUUUGCCUGAGUCAUCCAGUGGAACUGGAAGCUACCAGAACUUGGAUGAUCGUGCAGCUUCUAAUGGUGUUGCUUCAAGUUCAGAUCAAGAUGCAUGGUCGUCUGUUCAGGAAAAAGCUUUGGUUCAAGCUUUGAAGACCUUUCCCAAGGAAACUAGCCAGCGGUGGGAACGAGUUUCAGUCAAGGCUCAUGUCGAUAAUUACUGA